AAGUAACAAAUGAUGGCGCAACGCAAUACAGAAGGUCUCAUAAGAAAAUUUCGAAAGAAAUUACGCCAGAUAGAAAAUCUUGAGAGACUGAAUCGAUAUCUAACUGAGGAAGAAAUAAUUAAGGUUGUUGCAAAGAAUUGAAAAUUAGCUCUUGACUUAGAUUAAAUUAUUUCAUGCAUCAUAGGCGUGGGUAUAGUAUAGUCACAGAACUGGAAAUUACAUGAUUUAAUUUUACUACUGAACUGAAAUUUUCAAUGAACGUUAAAAUCAUGAUAAUUCAGAAACUUUCAAAGUUUAAGUUCUGACUGAAACAGCUUAGGUAGUGAAAUACUUGAGGGCUUCAAAGAGUGAUAAGCAGACUCAGUAAUGAGAUUUACUCAUGUAUCUACUUACUAUCAAAGUAUUAAAAUUAAGAAUUUGUGAAAUUUAGUCAUACUCAUAGUCAUAGUACAGAAUAAUAAUAUAGGGCCUACUUAACUCAUCACAGACUUGAUAGACUAACUACUAACUAAACUCUUUGAUUUGAGACACUGAUUACUGAACUCAAACUCAACUAAGUUUAAGUUAGUAACCAAAUGUGAUUUGUGUCUCACAUUGAAUUCCCACAACUUUUUUCAUAAUUUCUAUCAAUAUUUUGAAUCCAUGAAUAAAAAAUGAAUCUUGUCCCAUUUGCUGCACACAUUUAAUGGAAAUUUAUGGCAAGCAAUGCAUGUUUACAUAAUCAGAAAUCAUCAUUUAUAAAUGGAUAUUAUAUUUAUAUAGGGAAUCCUUUAAAUGAAAAGUUUAUUAAAAAUGGACAGAUAAGAAUUGGAUAACAAUUUAGAUGUAAUAAGACAUUAUUCUUAGGUUAAUUAUGCCACUCUAGUAAUAUAGAUUCAUGUAUUUAAAUUAACGAAGAAAAAAAAGUUUGUCAUCAACUGUUGCUGUUGAACUUGAUCAAUUUGAAGAGACAAAUAGGAUUUAAGGUUCUUGUUGUCCUUCAUUGCAUUUACCACACCGCCAAUUUUAAACGUGUGUCUUACCUUAUGCAAAAAUAUUUCUUUUCUAAAUCCAGUGAAAAAGUGUACAACAGGAUGUACAGCCAUAUACUUGGAAAAUGUAUAUAAACUGUAAAAAGUACGGGUAAACCGUACGAGUUAGCAUGUAUAUGCCUAACUAAAUUGGCUUAAGGGAUUUAAAUUUAGUCUGAAUGAAUGAUGAAUUAAUAAAGUGGUUGAAAAUAUCAUCAGUGCUAAAAUUUAAUUUAAAAAGUGUCACCAAGAAGACCAAACACUACUGUAUAGUUUCUAGAAUUUGGAAAUGUGCAAAAGUAUGGGAAAAUUUGAAAACGAAGAGACUCAACUUAACAACAAAUGUGUCAGCACGUAACCACAUUUCUCUUGCUGUCCUCUUGGAUACUACAUUGAAGCUAAGAGUUCACUGUUAUUUAAAUUUUUUAUUUUUUUUACUGUUGUUUGUUCACCAAAGAAGGCCUCUUGCCGACACGUUCUUUGUUUUGUUGCAUCCUUUUUUUCAGAUUUUCCCAUACAUUGUUUCACUCAUUUCCUUUUUUUUUUACCUAACCUGAUUGCAGUCUCUCCCACCUCUUACCAAACUAAAAUUUGGAGCUAUUCAUUUUUGUCAAAUUAUAGUUAUUGUCUACAAGUAGCACAACUAAACUUCCCUUUUAAAAACAGUUAAACUACUUUAGAAAUUCUUUUAUAGGUAGAUUCAAAAUCUGACAUAAGAGCAUGUCUUCAUAAAGCUUUAAAAAAGCUGCAGCAGGAACAAGAGGCUAUUUUGGAGGAUGAAGAUGACAGAAAUUCAAGGAUAUCAGAUGUUGGAUACAGCACGGAAUACCAGUCACCAGUCAGUAGCAAAGUUACACUUGGGGGGGAUGAAACAGUAGACAGUGAGGGGACAAAGAGUGGAGAAGACAUCCAGCGUGGUAAUAACAAUCACAGGUGAAUUUAGAUGUGAUUUAUGUUUAUAAAAAUAACUAGCUAUUCAUUCCUAAUAUAUUUAUAAAUUCCUAGUUAUCAGUCACAUAUUAGGAAGAAAAAAUAAUGAAACUGCUAUUCUUUGAUUUUAGUUGUGGACUAUUAUACCUGGCAGCAAUGUUAAAAUUGUAACUUUUUAAAGUGGUUGUUCCAAGGUAGUUUCUGAUCAAAGUAUUUACUGAUGGAAGUAGCUACCUAUAGAAGUAGUUACUGAUAGAAGCAAAUGGCAAAUGCUCUAACAGUAUCAGUGUUGGCAUAAAGUUAAAUCAUAAUGUCAACUUCCAACUCUGUUGAGAAGUUAAGACACCUUUGAAUGUCUUGUCUGGAGAACACUCAUGAAACCAAUCCUCUGAACAAUGGGCUGGACACUCUAGAUGUGAGCUUCCUGGCCCAUAGAGCUGCACUGCAGAAAGUUCAGUAAGUCAUUGAAGCUGCUGGGGCUUCCACUAAUUAUGUUUACUUUAGGUACUGAGCAUCAUAUUAUUUUCGGUGGCAACAAUUAUUUUUCUUCCUGUUUGGUAGCUCAACCAAAGAAAGGCGUAAUAAAGAUGGAGGCAGAGACAAAGGUAUGUUAAUGAAAUAUUAAUUACCGGUAACAUAAUUACACCACAAUGUCACAUCAUUUUCAAACUCAGCUAUAUCAGAUUCUCAUCUAGUCAUCACACCCUUUUCACAUUUUGAAAUAUUUCCUUUGUUUUUUUUAUUUUUUGAAAAGUAAAUGAGCUUAUUUGAAGUAGAAGGGACAAAAAUAAUUUUAGUUUGUUCCUAGGGUUUUAUAAAAAUUAAACUGUAAUAUUUAUCAGGGCAAGUCGACUUUCUUUUUCUUUUUAUAAUCACUGAAACUGAAAUGUCAAAAUAAUAUUUUUUUAACUGGGAUGAUUCUGACAAUUCUUUUUAUUCUAAAUCAGAGUCAGGAAAUGUGUAUUCAGGAUCCGAGUCAGACACAAAAUUUUAUAGCCUAGCAAACACUCUGGGGGAAAAUGCAGAUAGUGAAUCAUUACUGCCCCGGCUUUCUCCUGACAUUGGUAAUUAUUUUCAAAAUUUCAUUAUUAGUAUAUUCUGGAGCCUUGAUGACUUCUGUUAUUUUGUAUUAGUUCUAUUGUAAAUUAUGCAGUAUUGUCCAGAAGAUUUUUUUUACAAAAGUUUUAAGUACUCAAAUGGCUCUCAAAAUAGAUGCAAUUUCUUUUUAAUGAAUUUUUAACAAAGUAGAUCUACCUGUCAGACUUCAAACUAAAUAUAAUUGGAAAAAAAAACAAGUAUCUUUUCUGUGUUUGUGUUUUUUCAAAACCAAAUUAAGUGAAGAUGUUAGCAAAGGACAAACAGUGUUGUUGUUGUUUUUUUUUUGCAAUGUACAGACAUAAACAUACCGACAGAAACAUACUCUAAGACAUUGAACAUGUUCACCUUGAUUUUCAUAUUCUAAAACUUUAUUUAGCGUUAAAAUUCAUUUAUCUAUAUUGACUAGGUUGCAUUUGAAUUUUCAGAAGAGACUGUAUGUCUUAAAAACAUGACCCACAAAAGAAGCCAGUUAGUUUUGGGGUUUCAGAUAGGGUUUGAACCUUUAAAAAUGUUGUUAUCGAUGUUAGAAAAACUGCAAAACUUAAGGGGUUAAUAUUUGCACAAAUUUUUUGUGUCUAAUUAAUCUAGUAAUUAUUCGGUGGAUUCACAGAUGAAUUUAACAACCACAGCUGAAUCAAUGUAAUAAUUUGAUAUGUAUUAUCAUUCUGAUGUUCUCUACAACUACAUCUGGUCCCAGUUGCUAACGAAAAUUUGUGUUUAAUUUUUGUUUCUUUUCUUCCUACUUCUUUGUUAGCUUCUGGCGAUGCUGUUAAAAAAACAAAAAAAUCCCCUGCCUUCUCUAUGUCGAACUGUUCAUUCACUUUACUCGAGGGUCACAGUGACCUCAUUACGUCAGUGCUGAUUCUUGAUGACAAGAUUUUGACUUCCAGGUAAGUAGACUUGAGACCAGGGUAGCAGGGUCCUGAGAUUGUAAACAUUCUUCAGACAGGGAGCAAUCAUUGACGUGCAACUUUGUGUCUUCUCUGGCUCUCAUUUUUCUGGUAGUCUUGAGAAGUUCAUACUUCAAAGUGAUCAGGUGACACCUUCAAAUAAAUUGUAAAAAAAAUAAUGAAAAAAGCUUGAUAGGAUGCUUGAAAAAUAUUCAUUUUGUAAGGUCAUUUCCAGCAUUAUGAAUAAGCUGACCAAAGCACACAUAGUUUUAAGGCUUUUGAUGUUCAGUAAUAUAAGAAAAGAUAAGAUUCUCUUAUUGAUCCAAAUAAAUGGAAAUAUUUUUUUGAAGUCAUUGUGCAUUAAUAUUUUCAGCUAAAAAAUAUAACAUUUAACAAAAACAAAACAAAAAAAACAUUCUGAUCAAUUUUAAAGUAGAAACAUGUUAACAUAGGUAUUUUACAGUUUUUUCAAAUAAGAAGUACUACAAAAUUGUUCCUAUGAUGUCUCAAUUUCCUCAACACAAUUUAAAUCAAUUUAUAGCAUUAUAUGAAACAAAAUGGAUUUUAUAUAGCAUGUAUCUCCUUAUAUUUUUUAAUAGCCGUGACACAACUGUCAAAUGUUGGAGCAUCAAUGACCUAAAAGAAACUCACAGUUUUGGAGGGCACACAGAAACAGUCACAUGUCUCUUGACUUUGGGACCAACAUUUGGUUCACUCUUUGUCAGUUCUAUAUUUUUAUUCUAGCCGUAUAAUAUUUUUAGACUUGUUUUCUUCUUUUUAAUCGGCAAAACAGCAACUUAAUUAGAGGUGUGUUUUUUUUAGCAACUUUUUAAAGUGUUGUUUUUUUCUAUUAACAAUUUACUUAGAAGUGUGUUUCUAUUUUAGAUUACAUGUUAACAUCUAGAAAUUUGAUAUCAUUCUAUACAUAUUUAUUAGUAUAUGUAAAGAUUAAAAUAAAUUCUAGACAUGGCUACCGUGUACAUGACAACAUAUUUCUAGACAUUGCGACCAUAUACGUAUCAACAUUUCUAGACAUGGCUAUCAUAUACAUGUCAACAUUUCUAGACAUGGCUGUCAUAUACAUGACAACAUUUCUAGACAUGGCUAUCAUGUACAUGUCAACAUUUCUAGACAUGGCUACCGUAUACAUGUCAACAGAUUUAGGAGGGUCAAAUUAUUUGACAGAUGAUAGUUUUAUUUUCCAAAUAAUCUGCUUUUGUUGGUUUUAAAAAAAAUUAAAUGGUGUUUAGAUAUCAUAAAAUGCAACCAAAAUUUUCAGAUCUUAAGCCAUUAUUUAUAAUCAAUUGUUUUAUUUCCCUCUUUAUUUUUUCCUUUAAUCAAUGUUUUUUAUUCUGUUAUGUUUUCAGUGUCAUAACAUUCCAGAAACGUUACUCAUCAAUUAAAGGUGUGCACAUACUAUGCUUUUUAUUGUCAUAUUGCUUUAUAUGUAAACAUAUUAUAUCAUAUCUAGACAUGAUACUUUACAGAUGCUCACUUUGCUGCCAAUGAUUAUCUGAUAGUGAGUGGAUCCUUGGAUUGCACGGUCAAGUUCUGGUCUUUAAACACAGGUAACUCUUGAUACCUUCUGACUUUUGGGAUGGUUUUCUAACAAAUGCUGUUACAUAUUUAAAGUUUACAGUAACCAGGCUUUUGUUGCAGGCUUCUUUUCAGCAUGCUCUUCUUAAUUUAGUGGCUCUAGCUUUGCUUUAUGCUCAAGGGUAAAAUCUAAUACCAACCAAAUGUAGAGGACUCACACAAUACAUGAAUGACGUGAGAUUUACUGGCUUAAUGUUGGGAUGCAUUCCAGGACAGUCCCAUAUCAACCUUUAAAAAAAUUUAAUCUGGAUCCUACCUAUUGGAUUGUUUCCAAAGAGAAUAUAGUAUUUUUGCUAAAAUUAUCCAGUGCACUUGCAAAUUUAUGAAAUCAAUGUAAGGAUGACAGUUUUCAUGAGGGAUAGCAAUCCAAGCUUUGAUAGCUGUAUAAACUUGGAUGAACCAUAAAAUGAGUGUAGAUCUGAAUGUUAACUAUUUGUUGGGAGCUUCCUAAAUGAUUAGAAAUAUCACACAUAUAUAUGGACAAUAAGCAAUUUAUUCAUUUGAAUUAGUAUCAAAUCAAAAUGUUAUUAUAUAAAUUAUGGUCCAUUUCAAAUGUACUGACAAAAAAAAAAAAAAAAAGCUUUAAUGUUGAGCAACAGUUCAUAAGGGACCAACUUGUUGAGAGUUUUUCCAAUCAAUUCUUUCAGUUACUCAGGCCAUGAACAUUCCUUAAACCUGACAGUGUCACUCUAUGUUUCUGCAGGUCAGCAGCUCAAGUCCAUCUACACAUACAAUGCCAUCACCAAAGUUGGAUUCUUUCCCAGGUCGAACUGUCUCAUCACUGGAUCAGGUACAGUGCUUUUUUAAUCUUAAUCCUUUUGUUGAAACCUUUUAGCUCUGUUGUGUUCUAACGUAAAGUGACCAAAAACCAUUUCUCUACUUUUAAAACCAGAAUUUUAAAAAUUGUUUUUUCACCAUCGUUGUCUGAAAAUAAUCAAUAAUUUAAACUGUUACUAUUGUGGUGUCAAAGAGAACUCUUUUGUCUAUGAGGCGUUCUUUGGGAAAAAAAAAAAUUUCAUGAUUCUAAUUUGCAUGAAUUCCUUUAUUUGUUUUAUUUAUUUAUUUAUGCCUGGAUAUCAGAUGUGCUCACUACGAACCAGGACAAAUGGCCUAAAAUCCUAAUUGUUCUGGUCAAAAUAGGACAAAAGGUCACAUUAUUUAUAGCAGAAUUUUUAAAACUGUGUCAGGAAAGCAGGGUCCCGAUGUUAGGCCUAGUGAGGAAAAAAAUCAUCUUCUUAAAAAUUUACUGUAAUGAUAGGAAAACCUACUGUCAAAUAAAGAUAUUUUCCUUCGACUUGUAUUGUGAUCAAUAAUUCAUUAACCCUUGACUGCUUUGGGGCAGUCCAUUAAAAAUGUCAACAAAAUCGGAGGCAGAGGAGGGUUGGGAAAGUUUGACAAUUGUUGACAAAAAGGGAGGAAUGAGUUUAAAUAAAAGGACAUCAACAAUUAAUUUUUUUAAUUUAUUGCUAAAUAUUUGUUUAUUUUCAUAGUUAUACUUUCAAAUGUUCAGCACAGUAAAAUGAUGAGUUAUUGGGCCUCAGAAAUUAUCAUUUGCUCCUCACUACAAAAAAACAAAACAAAAAUGGGGCCAACUUGCACCAUUGUAUGGGAGGACCAUUUUGAUGAUCAGCAUGAAGAGAGGAACAUUAGGCUGAUCUACUUGAACAUUUGGCUGAUCAAUGUGAAGAUGAACAAAAUAAUGCAUUUUUUUUAAAGAUAUUUAACCUCAUCAAAUUUUGAUAAAUCCUGCAAUAUAAAAUUGACUCUAGUCAUGGAUUCUAAUUGUUAAAAAUUAACUUAUCUUAAGAUGUUCAAAAAAUGUAAUAAAUGUCUUGUUCCCUGCAGCUUGAAAUAAUAAAUGGGUUCAUUUAUUUUUAUUUUCUUGGUUGGGGGGGGGGGGGGGGGGUGUUUCUUUUUUUUUACAUAAUAAAUUUGGGAGUUCCAUGAAAAUUUGAUGGUUGUUGACAAAGGGAAGGGAGGGGGGCUAAAAUUGCCUAAACAUUGUUGACAUAAUUAAUGGAUGGCCUCUUUGUCAAUUAACUGGUAAUGACUGUUAGCUUGUCUAUUUACUUAAAACUGUCAUCUUGUCCAUUGACUUAAAGACUGUCCCUACAUCCGUUUGCUUCUAAUAAUUAAAUUCUACUUAACAGAUGGUGGCAAGCUAGAACUGUGGAGGUUGGUAUCUGGUGAAGAAAUAUUUUCCUGCUGUCCUUAUGAAGACUCUGUUACAGGACUCGUGGUAAAAGUCUUGUUCGAAUUUCAAACAUUUUAAAUAGUUCUCUAAUAUUUAAUUAUGAGGCCUGCUUGGAACUUGUUCACUCAAGACUAAGCUCUCUACCUAACUGCAAUGUGCAUUAACUCUCACAGCACCAAGACCUUAUAGAUGCUGUAAGAGUUAAUGGAUGGAGAUUGCUGCAUGGCCCAUUCAGUUCUAUAAGUGUUAAUUGGUGGCGCUAGCUACCUGGCCCCAUCAGUAAGACACAGCUCAACCCUUGUAAGCCAGAUCGGGAUUCAGAUCUUGCCCACACCGAAUCGCAUUUACUAUUCUUCCCUCUCACCUGUUGAUUAAACAAACAUGACCUGUCCAAAAUGACCUGUCCAUGGUUUGUUGAACUCAAAGACAACGGGAGGAAAUUCAAACAGAAAAUCCAUGGUAUGGAUGCUUACCCAAUACAAAUGAUCAAGCUGAAGUGGGAUAUCCAGAACCAGUGUUGCACACCAUUGUAUAUCUCAAAAAUACUGUAAUCUAUCAGAAGCACGUUACAGCUAGCAGAAGACCAUGACAAAUUUAAAUAAGAAAGAAAAGUUAACUUAUAGGUUGAUAUUUGCAUUGAGAAAAAUGUCUGUUUUUCCAUUUGAUGAUUGCACAAAUUGUUUACAAUAAGGUUGUUGACUGGAGUGUGUUAUUUUUUGUUGUUCUAUUUUUGAUUGUUGUUUUGAUCUGUUCCCAGGUGCAGGACGAUGUGGUUUACAGCUGUUCAGCGGAUGGGCUGAUACAAGUUCACAUGAUCCAAGACGGGAUCCUGCUGACGUGUGUUUUUGUUUCAGAGUUCCUGAAAACGGAGGCGGGCCGCCCGGUCAAUUUCCGUCAUGUCAGAUGCUUGGAGGUUGGAGCCAACAGCAUACUCUACGGAGAUGACAGCAGCAAUAUCAAGGUGCUGGACUGGAAGAGAGGUUUGUCAUUCUGUUAUAUUUGACCUGGAUGGCAAUGGCAAAAUGGAAUUUUUCUGGUGCUCCACUUUAGCUGAGCCAUAGCAGAAGUGAACUGAUAGGAGGUGCUGCACAGUUUUGGGCUGGCUCAGUUGAGAGUUAGCUGAUUCAGCCAUGUUUUAAGACCUCCAGUAAGACAGUGCUACUCAUAGUAGUGACAUGGGCUUCUGGUUUUUUUCACUCUCCGCACACAACAAUAGACACUGACAUAACAUUUCAGAGACCUAACAAAGUCAAGUUAUUAUUAACAUAGAAGCAGUCAUUGAUACUAGGCGCUUACUUUUAAUUUUUUUAACAUUGUUCUAUUAAAAGCAGUUUCAAAUCUAGCGGCUCUUAAUCUUUUGUUAGUGAUGUGACCCCCUUGAUAAAAUCUGCCAAGUUGUAGCGACCCACAACCAGGAUUAUUCCUAAAAUUUGAGAAGCUGAUAUUGAGAUGUUAAAGGGGGCGAGUAUUGACUGUAGUGAUUUCUCAGUGAAGUAAAAGCAAGGAACUCACUCCGAGCACUCUAACUACUGGCCCCAGCACUGAUUACUGGCCUUACCAAUGUAACUGCUAGCCCUAGCUCUGUCACUAAUGCAUUUUAAAAUGAAUAUAUGUUAUCAAAACAAAAAGAUUGAAUGCGAAUUCCUGAAGUCGUCAAGUACUCCUGGCACAUUGUUAUUAAAAUUAGUUUCUAAUCCAGCUUAAAUCCUCAUUCCUGGAUUAUAACUGCUCAUGUUGAAUAACAGCCAUCAUACCGCUGUGACUACAGCACAUCGAUGACUAUACCAGUAACCAAAACAACCCAUGCUUAAACUUUCAUCCCUUCAGGUGCAGUAACCAAACUGGCCAACCACGUGAGCUACUUCAGCUCAACAGACGCCAUCCGUUGCCAUGGUGACUUCAUCCUGGCCUCAGGCUAUGAUCUUGAUGAAGGCCUUGGAUUUGUGAAUGGUAGGUUUGUAAAAUUGUGUUUGUAAAUCAUGUGUUUGUAAAAUGGUGUUGUAAAUCAUAUGUUUGUAAAAUUGUGUUUGUAAAUCAUGUGUUUGUAAAACUGCGUUGUGAAUCAUGUGUUUGUAAAAAUGGUGUUGUAAAUCAUGUGUUUGUAAAAUAGUGUUGUAAAUCAUGUGUUUGUAAAAUUGUGUUGUAAAUCAUGUGUUUGUAAAAUGGUGUUGUAAAUCAUGUGUUUGUAAAAUGGUGUUGUAAAUCAUGUGUUUGUAAAAUUGUGUUUGUAAGUUGGUUAGAUUUGUAUUAAGAAUUUUUAAAUUAGAUUGUAUUUCCAUUUGUUUUUUUUUAACAGUAUUUUCUUUGUUGUUUUAAGGGAAUUUAAGGGUGAAUGCUUUAAGAACAAAGUUGAUUAUCUUUUUUUAAAAUAAAAACUAAUGAAAUGCCUUUGAUUGUGAUAAAAUUAAUCCCAAGUCAGUUUAAAAAAAUGAUGCCGCUUGCAUUCUUUGACAGAAUUGUCUUUUAUUUUACAGUGAGAUCCAGUCAAACUUUAAAUUACUUGGCAACAAUAGAUGACAACAACACAGAGAGGAUCAUCUGCUUAGACUUCAGUGUACUCUCUGAGAACUCCAUGCUUGUUGUCACUGGGGGAAUGGAACUGAAGGCGUGGAGAUUAUUCUCAGCCGAUAAAAUCUCAAAGAGGUAGGGUUGAAAGCACCAAUUUCAAUCAUGUCAUUCUUGUAUUCAGUGAUGAGCUGUGGGGUAGGAGCGCUAACUCCUUUACAAGAAAAAGAUGCAGUAUUUAGAGUUUCUUAAUAUUUUUUUAAUGACCUUGUGUGGCACCCGUACCCAACGAGGUUUAGUGAUUUAUAUAAUAACACAUGAUCUUCAAUACAAAUCAGUCCUUAUCUUUUUUUAUAGCUAUUUUCUUUCUAUAAAAAAAUAUUUCAUUUUAAAGUUUUCUUCCCAAUUCAGCAACCAAGAGGAUGUAUAUCCUUUGGAAUACAGACGUGGCCUUUCAGAGAAGGCCGAGGAUUCAGACGUAGAUUCAACAGAUGAGGCUGAUGACGACAGUGAUGAUGAUAGCUGCGACGAUUCAUACUAUGACAGUGACGAUGCUCAGACUGGCUGGAAUUCAUGGUGCAAUAUUGUAUAGGACACUUGUCAGUGAAUCAACUGUUUUCAUAGAAUAAAUAGAGAAUAAGUGUGGGUUUUUUAAACCCCAAAACAUGUUUAAUAAUUUUUAGAAAUUAAGUGUUGUUUUGAAACUAAGAGUAUCUUAACACUUUGCCACUUACUAGUUUGCAAACAAGUUUAAUUGGCCUCAAUGAAUCAUGAUGACACCCUAACUAAAUCGGCAAACAAUUCAUAAUUUGCUUGUUACUUUGUUAAGUAGGCCAAAUAAAGAGUUGAACAAGAUAUCUUUAGGCUUGAAAAUAAAAGUCGACAUUAAUGCAGAAGUUUUGCUAGAUGCUGUCUUCAGAAGACAAUACAAUCCAAUAAACAACAGAUAAAGUUAAGCUUUAAGAAAAAAAAACUUUUUUUUUUUUGAAGAUCUCAAUAAAAUCAGUGUAGCUUAAUGUUCAGAACAAGAAGAGCUCUAUUUUACUGUUAGAAACGGAAGUUGGUUGUUCAUAACCAAUAAGUGUGUCCAACAUUAUUCUGUGGUGCGUACCAUCACAUUAAAAGAAUUCAAUUAUUAUUUUAAACAGCAAAAAUUGAGAAUAGAAAUGGAGGAUCAUCAGUGAGUAUUUGAUUAAUUCCAAAUGAUUAUAUGGCACUUAAAAUCUGAAUUCAUUUGUUUUCAUUCUUCACUCUGGCUGGUGUAUUAGUGCAGGAAAUUAGAGCCAUGAUGGAUACACCUGAUGUGCCUUUGAGCUGACACCUCCCUUGUAUGGACUGAGGCAUCUAGUAUAAACGUCAGCUUAAUUGUCCGAUCUUUUAUUUUCAAGCCUAAACAUAUCUGGUUCUACUUAUUAAUUAUUUUACACGCAGCCUGAACACAGUCCCUCAUAUCUUAUCCUUAAGAAGGCUACAUGUUUUUAAAGCUAUUUCCCUUACAUUUAUGGCUACAUGCCAAGCCAGCCUUUGUAUCCGUCUUUCAAUUCAAAAUUUUAACUGCGUAAUUUUCUGAAUAGGUCAAGCAAUAAAGUAAGUGAUUUCAGCACACCUUAAUAGAGUAAAAUAAAGCAUCAUGUUGUAUCAUGUUGUUUUGAGCUUUUUGGUUGUCAUUUUAAGCAUCAAUGUUUAUUUAUUUUCAUUUCAGAUACCGUUUUAUUAUUACUUUUGGUCUCUGGGUGUGGGGCGAUGUGGACAGACCAGUUAUCAGUUUUAUAAUCCCUGAGGCUUUAUCAGUGAUUUUUAUCAGACGAUGGACUUUUUAUGAGAGAACUGGUUUGAGAUUUAUUGUUGUUCUAUGUAUAAAAAUUCUAAAGUGCCUUGUUUGCCUGAUACGUUGCAUUUGCAUCUUCAUCCUCACAUGACCACAUGACAUCAUUUGUCACGUAUGUUACACCUGUUAUUUAUGAGCUUUACCUUUAGGGUGGUAUCUCAAAUUCUGCAGCCAAUCAUAACAUCUCAUGAAUUGUUGAUCUAAUGCCUGCUGGUAUUUAGGUUAAUUUUUAGUGAGAUGUCUCAAAUUCUGCAGCCAAUCAUAACAUCUCAUGAGUUGUGCGUCUUAUGCCUGCUUUUUUUUCCAGGGUUACCUUCUAGGGAGAUUUUUUUUUCCCUUUGAGCUUAAAAGCUUUAAAUGAACUGAUUUGAUGUUGUAUGUAAUAAAGUGAAAUGUUAUAA